GUUAAGGAGGGUGGGGCCGCCAGAGGGCCAGGCCACCCCAUCAGAGCUGUCAUCAGCCCUCAGAAGCUGGUCCCAGGCGUCUUCAUCUCUAGCCUCUUCGCCUCUAGCCGGCUGCAGUGAGACCAUGGCAGCAGUGACCGUGUCGGUGCCCGGUCGGAAGGCGCCCCCCAGGCCGGGCCCGGUACCCGAGGCCGCGCAGCCGUUCCUGUUCGCACCGCGCGGGCCGGGCGUGGGCAGCGGGCCCGGGGGCUCGGCCGCGUCCCCGCAGGUGGAGUGGACAGCACGGCGCCUGGUCUGGGUGCCGUCGGAGCUGCACGGCUUCGAGGCGGCGGCGCUGCGGCACGAGGGCGACGAGGAGGCCGAGGUGGAGCUGGCGGAGAGCGGCCGGCGGCUGCGGCUGCCCCGCGACCAGAUCCAGCGCAUGAACCCGCCCAAGUUCAGCAAGGCCGAGGACAUGGCCGAGCUGACCUGCCUCAACGAGGCCUCGGUGCUGCACAACCUCCGCGAGCGCUACUACUCCGGCCUCAUCUACACGUACUCCGGCCUUUUCUGUGUGGUCAUCAACCCAUACAAGCAGCUUCCCAUCUAUACGGAGGCCAUCGUGGAGAUGUACCGGGGCAAGAAGCGCCAUGAAGUGCCGCCCCACGUAUACGCAGUGACUGAGGGAGCCUACCGAAGCAUGCUUCAGGAUCGUGAGGACCAGUCCAUUCUCUGCACUGGGGAGUCUGGGGCUGGGAAGACAGAAAACACCAAGAAAGUCAUCCAGUACCUCGCCCACGUGGCAUCAUCACCAAAGGGCCGGAAGGAGCCUGGUGUCCCGGCCUCCGCCAGCGCCGUGUCUUAUGGUGAGCUGGAGCGGCAGCUUCUUCAGGCUAACCCGGUCCUGGAGGCCUUUGGCAACGCCAAGACGGUGAAGAAUGACAACUCCUCCCGCUUCGGCAAAUUCAUCCGCAUCAACUUCGACGUUGCCGGGUACAUCGUGGGCGCCAACAUCGAGACCUACUUGCUGGAGAAGUCGCGGGCCAUCCGCCAGGCUAAGGACGAGUGCAGCUUCCACAUCUUCUACCAGCUGCUGGGAGGCGCCGGGGAGCAGCUCAAGGCUGACCUGCUCCUGGAGCCCUUCUCCCACUACCGCUUCCUGACCAACGGGCCGUCGUCCUCACCGGGCCAGGAGCGCGAGCUCUUCCAGGAGACGCUGGAGUCCUUGCGGGUCCUGGGAUUCACCCAUGAGGAGAUCACCUCCAUGCUGCGGAUGGUCUCAGCCGUUCUCCAGUUUGGCAACAUCGUCCUGAAGAGAGAACGGAACACCGACCAAGCCUCCAUGCCGGACAACACAGCUGCGCAGAAGCUCUGCCGCCUCCUGGGCCUGGGGGUGACGGAUUUCUCCCGCGCCCUGCUCACCCCCCGCAUCAAAGUUGGCCGGGACUACGUGCAGAAAGCACAGACCAAGGAACAGGCUGACUUUGCGCUGGAGGCGCUGGCCAAGGCCACCUACGAGCGUCUCUUCCGCUGGCUAGUGCUGCGUCUCAACCGAGCCCUGGACCGCAGCCCCCGGCAAGGCGCCUCCUUCCUGGGCAUCCUGGACAUCGCGGGCUUUGAGAUCUUCCAGCUGAACUCCUUCGAGCAGCUCUGUAUCAAUUACACCAAUGAGAAGCUGCAGCAGCUAUUCAACCACACGAUGUUCGUGUUGGAGCAAGAGGAGUACCAGCGCGAGGGCAUCCCCUGGACCUUCCUCGACUUCGGCCUCGACCUGCAGCCCUGCAUCGACCUCAUCGAGCGGCCGGCCAACCCCCCCGGACUCCUGGCUCUGCUGGAUGAGGAGUGCUGGUUCCCAAAGGCCACGGACAAGUCCUUUGUGGAGAAGGUGGCCCAGGAGCAGGGCGGCCACCCCAAGUUCCAGAGGCCAAGGCACCUGCGGGAUCAGGCCGACUUCAGUGUCCUGCAUUAUGCAGGCAAGGUCGACUACAAGGCCAACGAGUGGCUGAUGAAAAACAUGGACCCCCUGAAUGACAGCGUCGCAGCCCUGCUCCACCAGAGCACAGACCGGCUGACGGCGGAGAUCUGGAAAGACGAACACGGGGGCUUGCAGCAGUUCUCUUUCCUUGGCUCCUUCCCACCGUCGCCCCCAGGAUCUUCAGGGAGGCAAGGCUCUGCCAUUUCUCCAUCAGGGGUGGAGGGCAUUGUGGGGCUGGAGCAAGUGAACAGCCUUGGGGAUGGCCCACCUGGUGGCCGCCCUCGCCGGGGCAUGUUCCGGACAGUGGGACAACUCUACAAGGAGUCCCUGAGCCGCCUCAUGGCCACACUCAGCAACACCAACCCCAGCUUCGUCCGCUGUAUCAUUCCCAACCACGAGAAGAGGCUUGCUGUUACUCUUCACCCUACCCUACCCCUCUCUCCCCAUUGCAGGUAUGAGAUCCUUACACCCAAUGCCAUCCCCAAGGGCUUUAUGGAUGGGAAGCAGGCCUGUGAGAAGAUGAUCCAGGCCCUAGAAUUGGACCCCAACCUCUACCGCGUGGGACAAAGCAAGAUCUUUUUCCGGGCAGGCGUUCUGGCCCAGCUAGAAGAAGAACGGGACCUGAAGGUCACAGAUAUCAUCGUGUCCUUCCAGGCAGCUGCCCGGGGAUACCUGGCUCGCAAGGCCUUCCAGAAGCGGCAGCAGCAGCAGAGCGCCCUGAGGGUGAUGCAGCGGAACUGUGCGGCUUACCUCAAGCUGAGACACUGGCAGUGGUGGCGGCUCUUCAUCAAGGUGAAGCCGCUGCUGCAGGUAACGCGGCAGGAUGAGGUGCUGCAGGCGCGGGCUCAGGAACUACAGAAAGUGCAGGAGCUGCAGCAGCAGAGUGCCCGCGAGGUGGGCGAGCUGCAGGGCCGGGUGGCGCAGCUGGAAGAGGAGCGUGCCCGCCUGGCAGAGCAGCUGCGCGCAGAGGCAGAGCUGUGUGCUGAGGCUGAGGAGACCCGGGGGCGGCUAGCAGCCCGGAAGCAGGAGCUCGAGCUGGUGGUGUCCGAGCUGGAGGCCCGCGUGGGCGAGGAGGAGGAGUGCAGUCGCCAGCUGCAAACCGAGAAGAAGCGGCUGCAGCAACAUAUACAGGAACUGGAGACUCACCUUGAGGCUGAGGAAGGGGCCCGGCAGAAGCUACAGCUGGAGAAGGUGACGACGGAGGCAAAGCUGAAAAAGUUGGGGGAAGAUCUGUUACUCUUGGAAGAUCAGAACGCCAAACUGAGCAAGGAGCGGAAGCUGCUGGAGGAGCGUCUGUCUGAGUUCUCAUCCCAGGCAGCUGAGGAGGAGGAGAAAGUAAAGAGCCUCAAUAAGCUUCGACUCAAAUAUGAGGCCACCAUUGCAGACAUGGAGGGAGUCCUAGAGGCUUGUGUCCAAGGACAGAGCUGGGAUUCGAAUCUGGAACUGGCCGUGUCUCGUCCCUCCGCCCCCUGCCUGUCCCUCUGUGAACCCCCUUGGUCUUUGUCCACCCCCAGGGCAGAGGAAGAGGGUGGAGCCCGGGCCCAGCUACUCAAAUCCCUGCGGGAGGCGCAGGCUGGGCUGGCCGAGGCCCAGGAGGACCUGGAGGCCGAGCGUGCGGCCAGGGCCAAGGCGGAGAAGCAGCGCCGGGACCUGGGUGAGGAGCUGGAGGCACUGCGGGGCGAGCUGGAGGACACGCUGGACUCUACCAACGCGCAGCAGGAGCUCCGGUCCAAGAGAGAGCAGGAGGUGACGGAGUUGAAGAAGGCCCUGGAGGAGGAGACUCGCAUUCACGAGGUGGCAGUGCAGGAGCUGCGGCAGCGCCAUGGCCAGGCCCUGGGAGAGCUGGCGGAGCAGCUGGAGCAAGCCCGGAGGAGCAAAGGCACAUGGGAGAAGACCCGCUUGACUCUGGAGGCUGAAGUGUCUGAGCUGCGGACGGAGCUUAGCAACCUGCAGACCGCGCGGCAGGAGGGUGAGCAGCGGAGGCGUCGCCUGGAGUCCCAGCUGCAGGAGGUGCAGGGCCGCGCGGGAGAUGGGGAGCGGGCCCGAGCAGAGGCUGCGGAGAAGCUGCAGCGAGCCCAGGCUGAACUCGAGAAUGUGUCCGGAGCCCUGAGCGAGGCCGAGUCCAGAGCCAUCAGGCUGAGCAAGGAGUUGACAAGCAUGGAGGCCCAGCUCCAUGAUGCCCAGGAGCUGCUGCAGGAGGAGACCAGGGCGAAGCUGGCCCUGGGGUCCCGGGCACGAGCCCUGGAGGCGGAGGCAGCCGGGCUGCGGGAGCAGCUAGACGAGGAAGCGACCGCCAGGGGGCGGGCGGGCCGCGAGCUGCAGGCCGCCCAGGCCCAGCUCUCAGAGUGGCGGCGGCGCCAGGAAGAGGAGGCAGGGGCCCUGGAGGCAGGGGAGGAGGCUCGGCGCCGGGCGGCCCGAGAGGCUGAGGCCCUGAACCAGCGCCUGGCAGAAAAGGCAGAAGUGGUGGAGCGGCUGGAGCGGGGCCGCCGGCGGCUGCAGCAGGAGCUGGACGAUGCCACGGUGGAUCUGGAGCAGCAGCGGCAGCUUGUGAGCGCGCUGGAGAAGAAGCAGCGCAAGUUUGACCAGCUCCUGGCGGAGGAGAAGGCAGCGGUCCUGAGGGCGGUGGAGGAGCGGGAGCGGGCAGAGGCCGAGGGCCGCGAGCGCGAGGCCCGGACACUGUCGCUGACCCGGGCCCUGGAGGAGGAGCAGGAGGCGCGCGAAGAGCUCGAGCGGCAGAACCGCGCGCUGCGGGCUGAGCUGGAGGCGUUGCUGAGUAGCAAGGACGACGUCGGCAAGAGCGUGCAUGAGCUGGAGCGAGCCCGCCGCGUGGCCGAACAGGCGGCCAGCGACCUGCGAACGCAGGUGACGGAGCUGGAGGACGAGCUGACGGCGGCCGAGGAUGCCAAGCUGCGCCUGGAGGUGACCAUGCAGGCCCUGAAGGCGCAGCACGAGCGGGACCUGCAGGGCCGCGACGAGGCGGGCGAGGAGAGGCGGCGGCAGCUGGCCAAGCAGUUGAGGGACGCAGAGGUGGAGCGCGAUGAGGAACGCAAGCAGCGUGCUCUGGCCGUAGCCGCCCGCAAGAAGCUGGAGGCCGAGCUAGAGGAGCUGAAGGCUCAGACCACGGCCGCCGGGCAGGGCAAGGAGGAGGCGGUGAAGCAGCUUCGCAAGAUGCAGGCCCAGAUGAAGGAGCUGUGGCGAGAGGUGGAGGAGACGCGCAGCUCAAGAGAGGAGAUCUUUGCCCAGAACCGGGAGAGUGAGAAGCGCCUCAAGGGGCUAGAGGCGGAAGUGCUGCGGCUGCAGGAGGAACUGGCCGCCUCUGACCGUGCCCGGCGGCAGGCCCAGCAGGAGAGGGAUGAGAUGGCAGAUGAGGUGGCCAACGGCAGCCUAAGCAAGGCUGCCAUUCUAGAUGAAAAGCGUCAGCUGGAGGGGCGCCUGGGGCAAAUGGAAGAGGAGCUGGAGGAGGAGCAGAGCAAUGCAGAGCUGCUCAAUGACCGCUACCGAAAGCUUCUCCUGCAGGUAGAAUCACUGACCACAGAACUGUCAGCUGAGCGAAGUUUCUCAGCUAAGGCAGAGAGCGGGCGGCAGCAGCUGGAACGGCAGGUCCAGGAGCUCCGGGAACGCCUGGGUGAGGAAGAUGCUGGGGCCCGAGCCCGCCAGAAGAUGAUCAUCGCUGCCCUUGAGUCUAAGUUGGCCCAGGCUGAGGAGCAGCUGGAGCAGGAGAGCAGGGAGCGCAUCCUCUCUGGCAAGCUGGUGCGGAGGGCUGAGAAGAGGCUUAAAGAGGUGGUGCUCCAGGUGGAGGAGGAGCGGAGGGUGGCUGACCAGCUCCGGGACCAGCUGGAGAAGGGCAACCUUCGAGUGAAGCAGCUGAAGAGGCAGCUGGAGGAGGCCGAGGAGGAGGCUUCCCGGGCCCAGGCGGUCCGCAGGAGGCUGCAGCACGAGCUGGAGGAUGUCACAGAGGCCUCCGAGUCCAUGAACCGGGAGCUGAACACGCUGAGGAACCGGCUCCGGCGCGGACCCCUCACCUUCACCACCCGCACCGUGCGCCAGGUCUUCCGGCUGGAGGAGGGCGUGGCGUCCGAUGAGGAGGCGGCGGCGGAGGAGGCAGAGCCGGGGUCCGGGCCUUCGCCCCCGGAGCCCGAAGGGUCCGCGGCGGCUCCGCCGCAGUGACCCUACCCUGCCCCCAGCCGUCGGGCCCUCCCUCCUUGGCACCCCCACCCCCACCCCCUUGCAGGCGCCUGUCCUGAGAACCGCCCUCUGGCUUCUUGCACUUUGGAAACGGUGCCGCCUUCCGGCAUGACAGCACUUAUCCAGCCCACCCCGGGGGUCCCGGGAGACUUCCCUGUGAACCCCUAAACAGAGGAGCGGGCAAGCACGGAUCGCAGACUGGGGCGAUCUCACUUGGGAGAAAUUCGGGUGUGGUCGGCAAGCUGGGGUCCCAUCCAGCUCCAAAUCCUUCCUUCGGUUAUGAAUGAUCUUUGUUAGGAAGGGAGCUUGACUCUCCACAUCCCUUCCCCCUUCCCCUCCCCUCACCCCCUCCCUCUUUCCCUCUCCCUGUCUCUCCACUUAGCCACCGACCCCGGAACUUAUGAGCAACGGCACUCUGAGCUCCAGGCGGCCCUCAGCCUUUGACCCUUGCAGAAGGGUCAGGAUAAGGGGACCUCACACAUCCCCCCUCCCCUCAGGUUCCCUCCCGUUGCUCUUGUGUGAUCACAGUUCAGCUGGAGUUUCCCAUGGGGGCUGGAGGAGGCCCCAUACCCUCCCGGCCUUCAAACCGUGGCAGAAAUAAACUCCAACCCGACUGGA